ACCACACCAGAUCCGGCGGAAGUGCGUCGCGCGUGACUUCCGUCUACGUAGCCUCCUCCUCUUUCCGUCCGGGCAGUGUUGUGUUUCCGUUGGGCGCGCUGCUGCGUGUUGACGCCGCGGUUCAUUUCCGUGAGUGGAGGCCGGGGGCCGCCGGGAGAGUCACAGGGAGCGAGGCGGCGGGGGCGCGGUCUGCGUCUAAGCUUCAGCCAUGACAAAGAGGGAGGCUGAGGAGUUGAUAGAGAUAGAAAUUGAUGGCACGGAGAAGACGGAAUGCACAGAAGAAAGCAUCAUAGAACAGACCUACACCACAGCAGAGUUUGUCAGCCAGUCCAUUGACAUAAAUGAACCCAUUGGCAAUCUUAAGAAGCUGCUAGAGCCCAGACUUCAGUGCUCGCUGGAUGCCCAUGAAAUCUGCUUGCAAGACAUCCAGCUUGACCCAGAUCGGAGUUUGUUCGACCAAGGAGUUAAAACAGAUGGAUCUGUACAGCUCAGUGUGCAGGUUAUAUCACAGCAAGGACUUGAGCCAAAGCUGAACAUACUUGAGAUUGUAAAACCUGUAGAGACCGUUGAAGUGGUGAUUGACCCAGAUGCUCAUCAUGGUGGGAUGGAGGCCCAGCUUGUAGAAGAGGCCCAGGUAAUAACUCUGGAUGAUACAAAACAUGUCACCAUUUCUGAUGAAACCUCAGAGCAAGUGACCCGAUGGGCCGCAGCAUUAGAAGGCUACAGGAAGGAGCAGGAGCGACUAGGCAUACCCUAUGAUCCGCUGCAGUGGUCUACAGACCAAGUCCUGCACUGGGUGCUAUGGGUGAUGAAGGAAUUCGGCAUGACCGAUAUCAAUGUGAACGCCCUGAGUAUUCCCGGGAGGGAGCUGUGUCAGAUCAGCCAGGAAGACUUCUUUCAGAGAGUCCCCAGAGGAGAGAUUCUGUGGAGUCACUUGGAACUGCUCAGAAAGUAUGUUUUGGCGAGCCAAGAACAUGGAGGUGAAAUUGCCACAGUCACCAUUGAUCAGCCUGUACAGAUAAUCCCAGGGUCAUUGGCCAACAGCACUCCCACAACAACUAUAAAGGUGAUAAACACACAAACCAAAGUAGCAAAAGUGCAGCGAGCGCCGCGCAUAUCAGGCGAAGACAGAAGUUCUCCUGGAAACAGAACAGGCAACAAUGGGCAGAUCCAGCUCUGGCAGUUCCUCCUGGAGCUACUCACUGACAAAGACUCCAGAGACUGUAUAUCCUGGGUGGGAGAUGAAGGAGAGUUCAAGCUAAAUCAGCCAGAGCUUGUUGCUCAGAAGUGGGGACAACGUAAGAAUAAACCCACUAUGAACUAUGAGAAGCUCAGCCGGGCACUUCGAUAUUACUACGACGGUGAUAUGAUCUGUAAAGUUCAAGGCAAGAGGUUCGUCUACAAGUUUGUAUGUGACCUGAAGACUCUGAUUGGUUACAGCGCAGCCGAGUUGAGCCGCUUGGUGUCAGAGUGUGAGCAGAAAAAGAUGGCCAAGCUGCAGCUGCACGGCCUAGGACAGCCGGUCACAGCCGUAGCCCUGGCUACCGCCUCACUACAGUCGGAAAAAGACAACUAAGGCACUUGGGGAAGCCAGACUUGGGAGUUCACAGCCUUCCUUUCACUGUGCAAGGUCCCCGUCUCUUAGAACCCCAAGCACAUUUAUUUUCAGACUGUAUGGUGCUUGGCACUCUUUUCUACAGAGGACUAUAAUAAAUUUUGGAACUUGUUACUUUUCGUAUUACAAGUUUCUUUGCAAGAGCCCUCAUUGAAGGGAGCAUGAUAUAUUUUAUAUAUUUUGAAUAUGAACAUUUAAAAAUGAUUUAAACUUUUUAGUAAGAAUGCAGUCCGGUCCCACCGGAUGGAUAUAUCGCUCAUCCAUCAUUUCAUUUAAUAGUCCUGCCCUAAAAUAUGAAUUGGUGUUUUUGUUUUGUUUUUCUUUUUGUUUUUUAUUUCAAGGAUCCAAAAUUAUUUUUUUUAUGUGCUUUACACACUAUACAAUAUAAGUUUUGUAUUGUUUUACGGCUUAUAUUAUGUUUAAGUUUUAUAUUUUACUGGCCUUGGCAAAAAAAAAAUAAUUGCAGUCUUGCUGUUCGCGGUCUGAAGGUGGUUUCUCAUACCUCCAGACGUUUGGUGACUUACCGACCUCUUGAAGCAGACGUUCUGCCUAUGCUAGUCAGGAUGGGCAAUUUUGCUUCUUACUCUGAUCUUUUAUAUUAAAGGAUUUAGUUUACGUAACAGUUUGUUAUCCCCUAUACACUAUGUACAUGUUUUGGCUUUUCUCUUACACUGACUGCAAAAAACCACAAGCAGUAAAACUCCUUACGUUUAA